UCUGGAGAAGUGCUCAGGAGUGCAGCAUUUCACCAAAACCAUCAGAAGGACGUUUCAAUAGUAUUACUUUUAAGAUUAGUUUCGUUUUUUUCGUUUCGAUUAGUGACAUUUUGAGUCUGAAGGCUGUCUCACUAUAUCGCGGUGCCGGAGUCCGUGCGUGCGUGCGUGCGUGUUGAACUUGAUUUUUCUAUGUAUAGAGCUAACCCCAGUGUUAGAGACAGAUCUCUCAUGGCGUGGUCACUGUGUCUUCUCUGUGGUGUAUAAUUGAUGAAUUUGGCUGCACAUGCGCAGACAGACAGCAUGAAGCAUCAUGUUCACCAUCUGUUCCUCUGGGAGAAACCUGAGACCUGCCUGCACAGACCUGGACGAGUUUGACUCUAUACGCAGUGUUUUACUCUACAGCGAGCUUGAACCUGAGUGGCUUGACGAUGUCCAGAAGAACGGUGAGCUCUUCUACCUGGAGCUGAGUGAGGGCGAAGAAGAAGCUGUACUCUCUCAAGUAACCGCCGCUCAAUCUGCUGCCACCAAUCAUGUGCGUUUCAGUGAAAAAGAGGCAGAGAUCAUCCCUGACAAAAGCAGCAAAAAACGUGCCGACUCGAACACAAAAUCACACCCAAAAUUCAAGAAGCUCGCUAAAAUCCUCGGACGCAAACGACGGCCAUCUUCGCGAAGCAGGGCUGAUGGAAAAAAUGGCAGAGCAUCUCAACAACCGGCGUCUAUUUUAAAAAACCAGACUGGGCAGCGGAUGGGACUGGUGGUGCAGCAGCCAUAUUUGAAAGAUGUGUGUGUAUACAUCAACCCUAAACGAUUGGGCAAUAUGUCUCCACCUUCCCAAGAAGAAGGGGGCUUGUUGGAGGCAUUACUGGGAGUGGUACUUAGGACACGGAAUGGUUUGAGCUGUAAUGGGGAGAGACUUGUCAUUCAUGGGCUGGUACCCCAUAGUCCUGCUAGCAAGUGUGCACAGAUAUUAAUUGGUGACAUUCUUGUAGCUGUUGAUGAUGUGGAAGUUACAUCUGAGAAUAUUGAGAGAGUUCUGUCCUGUAUUUCUGGACCAACACAGGUGCAUUUGACUCUGGAGACUGGCAUCGCAAGCACUGUAAUGGAUUCUGAGGUGCCGAGAUCGAGACCCACCGCCCCCGUCAGCCAGCUGGUGCGACUCCUUUGGGGUGAGGACACCACGGAGCUGCAGAUGAGUGUAGCGCACGUUCCUCACAUCGCCAUGUACCUGUCACUAAAACUAGACUCUGAGUCAGCUCAGGUGGAGCAGGAGAUCUUGUACCAGUACCCAGUGUCUGAGGCGGCAGCACAGCUGAAAGGGAUACGAGGUAUCUUCCUCACUCUGUGUGACAUGCUGGAGAAUGUCACCGGAGGACAGAUAGUCAGUUCAUCUCUGUUGCUUAGAAAACAUUUAGUCCAUGUGGGUUAUUGGAAGGAAGGAGAGAAUCUGCUGGUGAUUGGUCUACCUGCUGACAGGGUGCCACUACUGCAUUUGCAGGCUGUUUUAAAGGGAUUGGUGCGAACUCUCAGGGUCAUGUACGGCUCUCUGCAGAGUGCCUUCUGUGAGGUGGAAAAUGCUCCUCGGUUGGAUCAUCUCUUCUGCUUGUUCUUCCAGAGACUCAUCCAACCUUCUCGUCUGACUGACAAUCCUGUCUCCUCUUCCUUAAACAUAUCCGGGACCCUCUUCCUAGACGACUUACCCGCCAUGCGCUGGCUCACUUUACCACCCGACAUUAAGGUCGAAGUGGACACUGUUCUAUCAGACUUUGAGUCCUCAGACUUUGGUGACAUGUCAGAAGACUUCUAUGGCAUGAGGCGUCUGUAUGUUAUUCUAGGGUCCUGUCUCUUUUACAAGGGUUAUCUGAUAGCGAACCAUCUGCCUAAAGAGGACCUGCUGGACGUGUGUCUGUACUGUAAGCACUACUGUCUGCUGUGUCUGGGUGCAGAGCAGCGUGUGGGGCAGCUGGUGGUGUGGAGGGAGGUGUUCCUGCAGCGCCGUUCACAGCCUGAAUUCUCCACCACCACCCACCCAGGCUACUGCGAGUCCAAUGGCCGCGUCUUCCUCCUCAUCGUGGGUCUGAGACAUUAUAUGCAGUGUGUGUUACUGCAAGCUGGUGGUUGUGCUUCUCUUGCGCUCGGAUCUCCGGGUCCUGAUUGCAUCUACGUCGAUCAGGUCAAAGCAACUCUCCUACAGCUUGAGAGUCUUGAGUCGGCUAUUGAAGAACGCCUCUCAGCUCCUCCUACUCCUUGCCUGUCCUGUGCAGACUGGUUCCUGCCAUCCAGUGGACGGGAUCGGCAGGAUGUGAUUAGCAGUUCACCCAUCCUAAACCGACUGACAGCAGCCAUCAAGCCACCGUCACCCAGUACGAUUGGUCGAAACUUGUUCAGAGAGGCAGGGUCAGGACCAAAGGGCAGGAAGCCGAGCCCUCAGAGGAGUUUGUCGGACAGCGGGAGUGAGCAGGGUGACAUUGGGCUGAGGAUGCCAUCUGCUGGUACACGCAGGGACUCUCUGGGGUCUGGGGGAUCAGAUGGCAGUGGCAGUAGUGGAGGGCUGUUUAAGAUUCCGAAACUUAAGCAGCCCAAUCCGUUCUAUCUGGGUUCUCUGAAGAAGAGCCUGACUGAGAAAGAGGCUGAGGAGAUGCAGAACACUAUGAAGCUCACAGCAGGUCUGGAAAACACACUCUUUCACUAUAUUCUGAUGGAGACGGUGCAGGGCAUCUUCAUCACUCCCACACACCGAGAACUAUCCCACCUCAGCGGCUCUAUCCAUCCUCAACUCAUCCGCAACUUCCACCACUGCUGCCUGUCCAUCCGCCAAGCCUUUCAACAAACCCUGCCACCACGGCAGGAUAGUAGAGGAGCCGACAGGCCACAUAUUUCCCGAGGCCUCGGUCCUGUGAAAGAACAUGGCAUUUUGUUCCAGUGCAAACCUGAGAACUGGACCGACCAAAAGAAACCUGCUCCCACCAUGACUUACUGGGUCAUCGGACGGAUGGUGCAGGAACCCGUCCCUCAGGAGUUCUACGUGUGUUUCCAUGACUCAAUACCGGAGGUUCCUGUGGAGAUGGCCUUCAGGCUCUCAUUCGGCCUCGCCGUGUGAUUGCUUUUUUUGUUUUGUUUUUUGUUUGUUUUUUUUGGAUUCAGGUUUCCUGGUUUACUUUGAAUAUUGAAAAACCUGCAUAGAGGCACUGAGGUGGAGUGAUUGGUUAAAAAAGGGACAGAAUUUAGGAUCCUUUAUUUUUAUUGUUAGAGUUGCUGAACAAGCACAGAUCUGUUCCUAAACUCAGAAAUGAUUACUGUAAAAAUGCAGGAUUUUGGGAGAUGGUCAUCAGAAAAUCUCAACAUUUAUACCUCAGAUUGUGCUGAUUUUUAGUUUUUCUUUAAAUGAGAAUUUUUAAAUGGGAAUAAAGAGCCUGCAUUUCGACUAUAGACAGGUGUAAAGUAUUCUCUGGUGUGUGAGAAAAGAUUUUGAACACAAAAUUGGCUUUAAAAAAAGCCUUGUAACAAAGCUGUAUUCUUGCACAUUGCAGGUUUUCUCACAACCUUGCAGCUAUGGAGAUUUCUUUAAUGUACUGGACCAAAUAAAGUCUUUUAACUUGCCAAACAGAUGCACAUGCUGCUGGGGUACUGAUCUCCUGACAUUACAUGGAUUAACAUCAGAGGUUUUUUUUCUGGUGGUAUGAAACAUUUACUUAAAAUGGAGGAUCAUUUCAGCUGUAAGAAAAGUGUUUUUAUAAAAAAAAUUAAUCAGACACAAUCUCAUACUUAUCUCAAAAUUAUUUUCACUCAACUACAUCCUUUUUCUAACGAGUUACUUUCUCACAAUUGUGAUACAUCGUGAGUCAGAAUUGAAUAUUUUCUCUUACAUGCUGCAAACCAGCUUCCACAUGUAGCAGCUUUGUAUUAAAAGCACCUCAGAUGUGCGAAAUAAACACAACCAAAUUGUCUAUG